AUGCCCAAAUGUCCAUUGUCACCACCACCGCCUCGUCGAACAAAUUUUAAAUUUUGCUUCCAAACUUCUCGCCAAUCGGUGCAUCUUUUCUUACAGUUGCAUUGGCCACAUUGGUUACCUGAAAGAACCUUAUGUGCUUAUGAUCAAUUUGUGGCGAAACUAGAAAAUGGUCAGAGGACUAUACUGUCUGCUUCGUCUACCCUCCACGCCAAGAAGGCUUUCCAGAUGUUUUAUCUCAAAUAUGUUCGCGAGAUUCAAGCUAUUGCUCCAUAUCAUGAGUCGGCACGGUUUGCUAUAGAUGCUUGUCGUCGACUGAAGAAAAAAUGGAUUGAAAAUGCACUCAACGAGAGCAUAAGGUCGGAGGUGUCGGAGUCUUUGCAGUAUUUGAUAAAUGUCAGAGCAGCGCUUAUAAUGAACCUGCUAAAACCUGACCAACACAGUUACAUCCAGUCUAUAAAUCGGUUGUUGAGUUCUGACUUCAAACGACCACUACCCUACUGUAUCUCAUGCUUGACUACCUUUAUAGUACUCACCUCAUCUUUUUUCUACCUUUCUUACCUCCGAAUUUGA